GGAACAGCGAAAAUAGGGUAAUGUAGAGGGCCUUUGCGUAAUUUCAACGCGGUUACACCGAUUUAUAUAGGGGCAUAUAGCUCCGUGGAAUCAACGCAGCCAAGAAAAGAAAAUCCUCACCCAUUUUCUUCGUAGCCAAACACUCUGAAAUUCUCAGUUAUGUCGUGGCAAGCGUAUGUGGAUGAUCACCUACUGUGUGAAAUCGAAGGUAACCACCUCACUCACGCCGCUAUCAUCGGCCAAGACGGAAGCGUUUGGGCUCAGAGCACCAACUUCCCUCAGUUCAAACCUGAGGAAAUAACUGCCAUCAAUAAUGACUUUAAUGAGCCUGGAUCACUUGCUCCAACUGGAUUGUAUAUCGGUGGCACCAAAUACAUGGUCAUCCAGGGUGAGCCUGGUGCUGUCAUUCGAGGGAAGAAGGGUCCUGGUGGUGUUACUGUGAAGAAGACCGGUGCGGCCUUGAUCAUUGGCAUUUAUGAUGAACCAAUGACUCCAGGUCAAUGCAACAUGGUAGUUGAAAGGCUUGGCGAUUACCUCAUUGAUCAGGGUCUCUAAUCUUUGCUUUAUGUCUUGUUAUCGUGCAUAUUUCAUUGGCUUCUGUACAAGUUUUUGCAUCGACCUGGACUGGAAUGCUUUGAUUGCAGUGUAAUAAUCUUGUGAGUAUGAAAAGUCACGGGAUCUGCGUGUAGUGAAGAAAGUGUUUGAUGCUUGAGAAAUGAUGACUAUAAUCUCUAUCUUUGUACUUUUUUAGUGGGGUACCUGUAUACAUUACAGUGGUUUUAAAAUUUUAAUGCUAUGUUAUAAUGGUUGGCAUAUUUAUCAAAAGUUUGCUUAUUCUAUC